UGACACAUUUCCUUCCUGCAAUUAGAAGAGAAGGCUCUGGGAGUCCUGAUACGGUUGUGAAGCGUAAGGAAAAGGAGUUCCCUCCACACGGCAUUCCUUCAAUCCAGGUUUCCGUUCCCAUUUGUGGAGCCGAGAGCCAAGAUGCGAGGCCUGAUCUUCGCCUCGCUCGCCCUCUUGCCGCCUUUCUCAGGGCUCUGGGGCUCUGCCGAGCUCACCCAGAGCGGCCGCGCUUGGUGCCAGGCAUCUGGGGCCUGCUACAGCAUCCACCUAGGCCGCAUGAACUUUUAUCAGGCCCAGAACGCUUGCGCCCAGCACGGGGGAGCCCUGAGCACGGCCAAUGGCCGCACCGAAGUCGGGGUCAUCCUCGCUCUGUUGAAAGGACUCGUCAGCGAGACGGCCGGCUCUUUGUUUUGGUUGGGCCUGGUUAAGAAAGCCCAGCAAUGCACCCUUGAAGACCUGCCGCUCAGGGGCUUCUCCUGGGUCUCCCCGGGGAUUGAGGAGCCGAGAGACAACGGGACCGCCACGCCGCCCAAGUGGCUCAGAGAACCGACCAAGUCCUGCACCAUGCAGAGAUGCGCCGGGUUGCAAGUCAGCUCGGGCCAAGCGGACCUCAACCGGUGGGGCCUGAAGGACCACAGCUGCACCAAGGGCAGCCCCGGUUAUAUCUGUAAAUACAACUACGCGGGCACGUGCCCCGCCCUCCACUCGGCUUCUGGCGCCCGCGGAAUGUUCUACUACAGGCUGCCUUUUCAGCUUCAAAGGCCGGCCGUGGAAUUCAGCCCUCCGGGCACCAAUCUUACUAUAAGGUGCCCCGGGCGAGAGGCGCGAUUCACUUGCCGCCUGUCGCCCAACGGCUCCCAUUGGGAAGGCACGGAGCGGGACCUGUGCUCCUGUCCCAGCGGCUACUGGAGCCCGAGCAGCGGAGACUGUGCGGAAUUCACGGACUGCUUUAGCGCCCAAGGCGCCUUCCGUUGUUUAUGCGCUUGGAGAUCCCGCUUGGCGGCCGACGAAGGGAGUUGCGCCGCGCCAGCCAGAGAUGCCGCGACGACGGCGAAGCCCACCGUAUCUACUCCGAGGGCUACGGGGACUUUCCCUUCCAACAGCACCAGCGGACCUGGUCAAAAUAUAUCGCUUCUGGAGCCGUUUCAAACUCCGAUCGACAACGGCACGAACAACCGUUUGCCUACUUCAAACACCUUCAACUAUAUCUUCAUCCUGAUCACGGUGGCGGUGGUGGCUCUUCUGAUUAUGGUCAUGGCCUCGCUCCAGGUCUUCCAGAGGUGCUUCAAGAACUGCUCUUCCAAGGGUUCCCAGCCUACAAAAGAUGGUGCUGUGAUUGUAGAAGGCGACCCAGAAGCCUCUGCCACCCCCACCGACUCUGAACGCUCCUUGGGACCCAGCAAAGCAGAGUCCAUAGCCUCUCAGUAAGAUUUUAAGCCAGCUGAAUUGGGACAACCAUAAGGAGGCCAGAAAGACACAUGAGAACAUCUCGAGAAGAAAUCCAGUGGUGGACGAAGAGGAGAUAUUCUUUUGAAUAUAAUAAAUAGUAGCAAAUGUUUUACAGGUUGCAUAUGUAGAAAUGGAAGUUAUCUGUUUUGUUUAAAGGCAGUUGUGUUUUGUUUGACACCAUUUGAUGAACUAGAACGGUUUCUUUUUCUUCGAUAUGCCCUUGGCAACAUUGAUCAGAAAUCUCUCUUCCCCACCAUCUAGAUUAUUCCCUAAAAUAGAAGAGUUAAAAGAAUGAGAAAUGGCAGUGCAUAUUUCUUGCAGUGAUCCAGCUAGAUAAUUGAAAAAUGGACUGCUGCAAGUGACUGUGCUGUGUGAAGGCCACCACUUACUUGAUUGUAGUCUCUUUCUCUCUCUCUCUCUCUCCUCCCCCUUCCUUGUUACUGCAGCUGAGCCCAAGCUGUGUGAACAGUGUUGUGUUGCCUGGAGAAAAGUUCAAGGAGUCAAAGCUAAUUAUAUCUACUCUUGCUGUAUCUUGCAAGAAUUUGGACUGGAUGCACAGGCUCUGCUGUCACUGCCAUAUUGUCUAUAGGGAGAGGAGAACAAGCUAAUAGAACUGAUUAUAGUUGUAAGAAGUCACUCUUGCAGGUGGCUUUCUUGGGUGGUACAGUAAUUAUGGUUUUGGAAGAUAGGUAGAUAUUUGCCAUCAAGGAGCAAAGGGUAAAGUGAAACUAUGGCUCCUGUAUGCUAUCACUUUUAUCACAUAACUUUCUUAUUUUUAAGCCCUCAAAUAUAAUUCUCAUUUUUAAGGUAUUAAUGGUAAGACUUAAUCAGAAACCAAUAGAGUUAUUGGAAGUGCAUUAUAUCUCAUUUGAAUUUGCGGGGUGCCUAUCUAACACAGUAUUGAUAUAGUUGUCUUUUUGGGAAUGUGUCCCAUUGAAUCAAAGAGAACAUAUUCCAAAUAGACAUAUUAGGAUGGCUCUCUUAAGUUCAUCUUAUUUUGAGUGUCAUGGCUAUUCUACUAUACAAGCAUGUCCAGUUCAAUUUGUCUGGCUGAAAAAAAUGCUCUGAAAAAUGCAGUUCUGUGGCUUCAUCGAUUCUUUUAAAGGAAGAAAUAUUGACCAGUGCUUAAUUUUUAUGAUGUAAAGUUUUGUGUUCCAACUUGCUUAAAUGGAAAUCCCCUAAAUAUAGACAUGGCAGUUUCCAAACAUUUCUUUAGCAUAUGCUAGUUCAAUGUUAUGAAAAGUGUUGCACUUCACCGGGUUCAUAUAUGUACCUAUUUAAUAGAUGGCUUAGCUGAUCAUUUUAAUUUCUUCCAUCUCGCUUUUCUAAUGAUUUGAACUUGAUAAUUCAGCUAUUUUCUAGAUGUCUUGCUCCUUAGAUGUGUCAGAUAUAACCAGGAAGAGAUCCUUGGCAUCUAACUUAUUCCCAUGAAGACUCAUUUUUGGGUUAUAUUUUGGAUUUUUUUUCCAAAAUGGAGAAAGACUGUUUCAUUUUUCCAGUUCUUAAUAAAUAUUUUAUCAGUGAAUUGA